GUGGGGGGGAAGCUGGUGCAGAGGGAGUCAGUUCUCCAGAAUUAAAGGAGAAAGAGGACCAAGUUUUGGCUGGGUAUGCGUCCAUAACUCACCGACUUCGUUCAAAUCUCAUCUUUUCCUGACACGGGCUUUGCCAUUGUCUAUACCCGGAGAGAGCUGCCGUGGCCCAUUUAGCGAAGAUGGUCGCAAGAGGAUUGUUCGUAUUGGCCGUCACAUUUAACUGCGUUCUGUCAUUGCCAGUGACUACAAGUCACCUGGAGAAUGAAGACGUCAAGGUGAUGAAAUGCAUUGUGGAGGCGCUAGCAGAUGUGUUAUCAAGGCCACACCCCUUGCCUGUCAGUCAGGAGUGCCUUGUCACACUGAGGACAGAUAACAGGCUUGUUUCCAUCCUUCGCCACCGCAACUUUCUCAAAGAGCUCCAGGACAUCGCCGUUCAAGGGGCCAAUGAGAGAGCUCAGCCUCAGGUUGACAGCACCGUCCCUGAUCUUGUGACCCAAAUUCCUCAGACCACAGACAAUGUUGCAGAUCAAUCCAUGUUCGAGGCUUUGGGUGGACCCGGUGAAAGGUCUAUCCUAGCCCAGAAGAGGAGGACAGAAGCAGCGGACAAAGAGCAAGCAGAGGAUGAGAGCCUCAAAGAUAAAAAGUCCCAGGAGCAAGGAGAACAAGAGAAGAGGGAUGGAGAUGAGAGUGCACACCAUCAUAUCUCUGACUCCACAGAGGACUGGAGUGAGGGCAAGGCUGGAAAGAGGAAGGAGAAAGGAGCUGAAGAAGAUGAGGAGACACGAGCCCACUCAGAGCAGAACUCGGAUGAGGGAUUCCAGGAGGAAAACAUGGCCAAGGACAAAAAAGGUAAUGAAUCCAAUGAAAAGAGAAAUAUGGCUGGAAACAUGUCAGAGGAGAAGAAAUCUGCUGAGGAUGAGGAUGAGGAAACAAGAGAGGAGCUGGUAGAGAAGAAGAGGAGAGGGGAUGAAGGAGCAAAAAAAAGAUCGCUUUUCUCACAUCAUGGUCCGCAGACGGAGAGCGAGGAAGAGGACUGGCUGGAGGGUAUGAAGACAGAGAGUGAAGAGGACACAAAGCGGUCGAUCAAGAGGUCAAAGAGCUUGCCCACGAAGAAGAGUGCAGGGGAUAAGAAGCCCAGCGCUCAGCAAGAAGUGGCUCAUCACUCCAAGGAGGUCAUGGGGGAAGAGGAAAACACCAUAAAGGAAGCACAUAGGAGUCCAGAGGAGAAGGAGCUGCAGAUGAUGGCUCGGAGGGCUCCCGAAGAGAGGAGGGGGUUAGAGGAAGAGGGGAGUGCUAGCAGGAAAUCUGAGGAGCCAGAGAUUGAAAGCUUGGCAGCCAUUGAGUCGGAGCUUGAAGGCGUCGCCCAGAAACUCCAUGAACUCAGACGAGGCUAAGAGGAGACCAACACAAAGCCUCACAUCACAAUCUUCUUUGCCUCUUACUCUUUCUCCGCCUAACCUGCAGCCUCGGUUUUAAACAGGUUCAUGGCUGUGAAUAACAGAUAAGAUUUUAUGUUUGGCUGAUUCUUAAGAAUGCCCACUUGUGCCAUGCUGCUGUAACACCCCCCCCCCCAUGACAAACAGUCCCUUACCUAUAGGAACAUAGAUGCACAAUGCAGCUAAACAUGCGCACUAUCGACUAUAAUGACAACCUAUACCCUGCACACAUGCAUACAGAACAUGUGUGCAAAUGCAGACAGCAAGAUGUUUAUGGAACUUUAUUCCUGUGACAUUGAUUAAUAAUAAUUUGCUCUCUCUCUCUCUCUCUCUCUCUCUCUCUCUCUCUCUCUCUCUCUCUCGCGCUUUCUCUAGGCUUUAGCAUAAUAUUUCCUGCCUGCUUUUCGGACAAUGUUAGCGCUGUGGUUUGAAUCAUGUGAAAAGUAAAGGCAGUUACAAUUAUAUUCUGUGCUAAACAGGUGGGGUUGUGCAAAGAUUUCAUGUAUACAUGUACAAAGCUACUGAUUCUUUCCGGAAGCUAUGGUUGGUUAUCAUAGCUAGAGUUUAAAACAGUGAUGCAAAGGCAAUAACUGAAUAUUUUUAACAGAUGGAUGGAUGUAAUCUAAAACUGUAUGGUGUUUAUGUAAGAAAAACAAAUAAAUUGGAUAAUUUAU